AAUGGUUUGGCCCGUUCCCUCCAGGGCCGCAGGGGGGCGGGCUCGCCCAUUUGGAAAGAGGGGGGAAAGGCUGCCUUCCUCGUUGCCUGUCCUGCUCUCCCUGAGCCUUCCCUGCACUCAUGAACCCCCCCCCCCCAUUGGCCUGCCCUGCCCUGAGGGAGGCGUCCUCCUUGUGCCGGAGAAGUGCUUCUGGGCGCAGGGGGGGCUCCGGUGGUGAGUUGGGCCUGGCUCCGGAAGUGGCCCCCUUGGAGCAGGAUGGCCUUCCAGAGGCCGGAGGGGGUUCCCCUGCUGCAGGCGCUGGCCAUGACCGUGGCCGAGAUCCCUGUCUUCCUCUACUCCACCUUCGGACAGGCGGCCUUUUCGCAGCUACGCCUGAGUCCCGGCCUCCGGAAGGUGCUCUUUGCCACGGCCCUGGGGACGGUGGCCUUAGCCUUGGCUGCCCAUCAGCUCAAGCGUCGGCGCCGACACCGGAAGACGCUGCCCCCGCCCACGGAGAAGGUGGCCCCCAAGUCGGCCGGGGCCCCCGUCCCCAUCCUGCCCACCAGGAGGGGGGCCCCUUCCAUCAAGAAAGGCUCCUCGGGGAGGCGAGUACAAAGCCCCAGCAGCAAAAGCAAUGACACUCUCAGCGGGAUUUCCUCCCUCGAGCCCAGCAAACACUCCAGCUCUUCGCACAGUUUGGCUUCGAUGGCGGCCCCAAACUCUCCCAGUCCGGCUUCGGCGGGACCCUGGGAGGCCCAGGCCUUAGAUGACCCCGGAGCCGCCGGAGACUGCAGCCCCGAAAACCUCUAUUUCCAAGGGAUGGAGCUCUUUGAGGAGGCCCUGCAAAAGUGGGAGCAGGCCCUGACCGUCCGGAGCAGAGACCCUUCCGGGAGCCUCUCCGUUACCUGGGACGGCGCUGUGGAACCGCCGCAAAUAGACCUCCCGGAGCAGGAAUCCCAGAAGAAGGAGUUUGCGGAGAAGCUGGAGUCCCUCUUGCACCGAGCCUAUCAUCUCCAGGAGGAGUUCGGCGCCACGUUUCCGGCCGACAGCAUGCUGCUAGACCUGGAGAGAACCCUAAUGCUCCCCUUGAGAGAGGAGUCACUGAGGCUCCGGGCCGACGAUGAUGAGGACAGCAUGACUUCGGAGGAGUCCUUUUUCUCCGCGGCCGAGUUGUUUGACUCCCUGCAAAUCGGAGAGGCUCCUUUCCCGCUCUCCAAACCAGCGGCCGCUUACGAAGAAGCCUUGCAAUUGGUAAAGGAAGGAUUGGUUUGCUGUCGGACUUUCCGCACGGAGCUGCUGGGCUGCUACAGUGACCAGGACUUCCUGGCCAAGCUCCACUGCGUCAGGCAAGCCUUCCAGGAGCUUCUGCAGAUAGAGAGGAACCAGCGCUUCUUUGGGGAAGUGGGGAAGCGCAUGGUGCUGGGACUCAUGGCCAAGGCUGAGAAGAACACCAAGGGCUUCCUGGAAAAGUAUGACGCCAUGCUGCGCUACACGCUGAGGCCCGAGACCUGGACGACGACGCAGAAAGAGCUGGAAGGCCGCGGGGUGGUUUGCAUGAGCUUCUUCGACAUCGUCCUGGACUUCAUCCUGAUGGACGCCUUCGAGGACCUGGAGAACCCGCCCUCCUCCGUCCUGGCCGUCCUGCGCAACCGCUGGCUUUCUGACAGCUUCAAAGAGACGGCCCUGGCAACGGCUUGCUGGUCUGUGUUGAAAGCCAAGAGGCGUCUCUUGAUGGUCCCCGAAGGCUUCAUCUCCCAUUUCUACUCCGUAUCGGAGCACGUCAGCCCCGUCCUGGCCUUCGGCUUCUUGGGACCAAAGGAGCAUCUCUCCGAAGUCUGUGGCUUCUUCAAGCAUCAGAUCCUGCAAUACCUGAAGGACAUGUUCGACCUGGACAUCGUGCGCUACACCUCGGUGCCACUGCUGGCGGAGGACGUGCUACAACUCUCCCGACGCCGCAGCGAGAUCCUUUUGGGGUAUUUGGGGGUCGAUACCUCGCUGACACCACUGACAGAAGAGGAGGAGGAAGACGAAGAGAGCAACGGGGUCAACCGAGGUCAUCCAUCUGGGUGAGAGGGAGCCCUGCCUGGCUUUCCUCCCACAAACCGAUGUGACUCCAUCUUGGGAGAAGUGCGAGCGGGCAAUCCAGAGAAAAUCCUUAUUUUCUAAAGACUCGUUUUUGCCUUGGUCCUUUUUUAAAAAUCUGCUUUCUCACUCGUUCACUUUAUUUCCCGUCCUAGCACACAUCUGUGAAGAAAGGGGUCUUUUCCUAACAACAACUACUGUAUUAUUAUUAUUUCCGGUCUAACCUAUUAUCAUUUUCAUGGGAUGAAAGCCAGUAUCUACAUCUUCACGACUGACCUAUUUUAAAAGGAUACCAAACAUUUUCUCCGAAUAUUUUGGGUCUAAUAUAUUAUUUUUAAUGCCUUGGGCCUAAUAUUUGAGCUUAGGGCCAACAAUAUCUUGAUCGUGAGGUUAAUUGAGCUCCAGCAUGGAAAGAAAUCAUGUUUUUUCAAUGAGAAUUAGACUUUUAAUAGGAAUUUCGUCUGGAAAAGCUUUUCCAUAAAUUUGGGUCUUAUGAUACAUAAGUAUGAAGUCAGAAAACCCAUCCAAAUCGAAAACCCCUUUGCUUUGUGAAACCCGACGAAUGUCAUGAAUGUACUGUUUCUGUGCCUCUCUUUCUCCAGCCAAUCUCUCCCUUCCCCGGAAGGUGUAAAUAUUCCCAUUUUAUUUUGUUCUCUUAUUGCACUGUGUUUCCCUUCCUUUUUUUCUAUCCUGGGAGGGAUUUUUAACAUUGAAAAGUGGAAAAAUCAAAUAAAUCUUUUCCUUCAUGAUCAGAAAA